CUCGAAAAGUUCGUAUCGGCAGGAAAAAAGAAGACGGACCUAAUCGGAGUCGUCUUCGCUAGUGCAACGGUAAACUUACGAUUUUAUAAAACUCCAAUACGAUUUGUGCAGUCAUAA